CUUCCUGUCUCAGCUUUCUGUCUUUUGGGGGGAAAUCGGGCUGAAUUUGGAGCUGGUUCUACUUUCUAACGAUGUUUGACCUAAAGAAGAGGAAUAGUCUGACUCUGAACUGCAGCCGGGAGACGGAGGAGUUCAGACGAGUGGCUGUCAGACGGAAGAGCAAAGGUGCAGGGGUGGACUGCCGUGCCUCACAAACAGUAGUGAGCAGUGGAGUGUGUGGCUCGUACAGCUGUGGCCAGGCUUGUGACAGGGUCUGUGGAUCUGAACCAAAUUCCAAGGAAGGCAACGAAACAAGCCCGGCUAAAAGAUCUCCUUUGAAACCACAAGUACCUCCUAAACCUGCUUACCUCCAGAGCCCUGUGAGGGCAGGACAAGAUCAGGCCUACAGUCCCACUACAGGAAGAUUGAAACCCCAAGGAGUUAACAACACAGAGGAAGACCAGAGUCCUAACAGAAGUCAUGGACUUUCUGUUUUUUGUGUCAGCCCAGCACAGAAUUGCCAAAACUCCCCAAGUCCUGUUAGAGGAGGAGGGAGCUUUUUUUUAAAUGGAGUGUCUGGAUCACAUAUCAGCCCUGUCAGACACGCUCAGGGGAUUUCAAAUCUAACCAGCAGUCCAGUUUUAGGAUCUCCGAGUCCAGGCAAAAGGAGCAUUCAGAACUGUAGCCCAUUGAGGGAAGGAGGGCACAGCCCUGUUAAUUUGUUCCCAAGAAACCAUAGCCCACUUACAGGAAAACUGCGGACCCCCAGCCCUGUUCAGGGGAGAGUGGGGAGCUACAGCCCCGCCAAGAACUCUAGAUCCUGGCUAGGGCUGCACAGAAUCCCAAGCGGCAAGAUGGAAGGACAAGAGAAGAGGACAGGGAAAUCUUUGAGUGUGCCUGACUUGAUCGUUUGCUUGGAUGAGAGCGGGAUUACCACAGACAAAGUUGAACGCUCUCCACUGAAACCGCUGCAAUCACCCAACUGCAAUGGGCCUGCCAUCGCCAUCAAAGCACCAGCUAACCAUAGAGUCACUUAUACCACACAUGAAGCCCAUCUAUCAAACAGUGUCAAACAGCAUUCCCCAGGACACAUUAAUGGCACAGUGCAGGCGAAAGAUUGGCCAGUAGUAAAUGGUAAGGGAAUAAAUGACAAAGUGGAACAAGACAGAAAACCCAUUGGAUAUGGCUCCAAGUUUUCCUGCCAGUGGACUGAGGCUACGACAGAAGCUGGGAGGAUUCACGAGGAGUCUAUAGGUGAACAAAAUGCGGAGCAUGAGAGGAAGGAGAGAGGGGGAAGCGAGCCAAAAGAGGAAGAGAACAAGGAGCAGAAAUUGUAUAAGAUAGCCAAUGAACUCCUGCAGACAGAGAGGGCCUAUGUAGCUCGCCUCCACCUGCUAGACCAGGUGUUCUGCUCACGUCUAACAGAAGAGGCAGGUCGAGGCUCAUUUCCUCCAGAGGUGAUAAGAAAUAUUUUCUCCAAUAUUUCCUCCAUCUACUCCUUCCACAGCCAGUUCCUGUUGCCUGACCUGGAAAACUGCAUCAGCCACUGGUGUGAGAAGCCAGGCCUGGGUAAUGUCCUGCUGCAACACGCACCCUUCCUGAGGAUGUACGCCGACUACGUCAGGAACUUUGACCAGGCCGUGGAGCUGGUGAGGACCUGGACUGAGCGCUCCUCUGCCUUCAGAAGCAUCCUCCAGGACAUAGAGAGUCAGGAGGUGUGCGGCAGCCUGACCCUGCAACACCACAUGUUGGAACCGGUGCAGAGGGUUCCACGUUACGAAAUGCUGCUGAGGGAUUAUCUGAAGAAACUGCCUGAGGAUAACCCAGACUAUGAGCUUGCUCACAAGUCCUUGCAGACUAUUUCCAUGGCAGCCACCCACUCAAACAGCGCCAUCCACAAAGCUGAGAGCCUGAAGCGGCUGCUGGAGAUCUACGAGAUGGUUGGAGAGGAGGAAGUGGUCAAUCCGACCAAUGAAUUUCUCAGAGAAGGUCGCCUGCUCAAGCUUGCUGCCAGGAACACAUCCGCAAUGGAGAGACACCUGUUCCUGUUCAACAACUUUCUGCUGUGCUGCACUCCGAAGUUCAGCCUAGUUGGGCAGCGUUUUACUGUUCGGUGCAGGAUUGGAGUGGACGACAUGCAGGUGCAGAAGACCACCAAUGAAGACCACCCAUACACCUUUCAGGUCUCAGGAAAGGAGAGGACCCUUGAGCUGCAGGCAAGCUCUGAACAAGACAGAGAUGAGUGGAUAAAGGUGAUUCAGGAAGCCAUUGAUGUGUUUCAGAAGAAAAAUGAAACCUUCAAAUUGGCUUCUAAGGAGCUGAACAUAGAAGAACCAGCGAAGGAACUUGGCCGACGCGCCCCUCGCUGGAUCAGGGACAACGAGGUGACCGUGUGUAUGACGUGCCAAGAGCCUUUCAACGCUCUCACGAGAAGAAGACAUCACUGCCGAGCCUGUGGAUGUGUCGUGUGCUGGAAGUGUUCAGACAACAAAGUGGCUCUAGAGUACGACGGCAACAAGCUAAACAAAGUGUGUAAAACCUGUUACUCCAUCCUGACUGAUCGGAGAGGAGACAGGGUGGAGGGCAAGAAGAGAAGAAUGCUGGAGUCUGAGGCAUCUCCAGUGUCCAGUGACAGUGUAAUGAGUGGCUUCCUGCAGUAUGGCGACAAUCCCAAGACCUGGCAACGAGUGUGGUCUGUUGUCACAAGGACCGAGCCUCCAGUUCUCUGCCUGUAUGCUCUUCCACAGGAUGUGAAGCACCUGUCUGUCAUACCCCUGCUGGGCUGCACUGUGGAGGAUUCCCCUCAGGAGCUGCAGGGUCAGCCUUGUUUCUUUUUAGGUCAGUCCAAAACCACCCACACUUUCUCCUGUGAUGGUCUGGACCUGAAACAGUGCUGGCUGGCUGCUCUGAAAGUUGCUGUGACAGGCAGGAUCCCAGCGUGCAUGCUGGCUGGCUCUGACGUCACCGCCAGUGGCUCCAGAUGUGGCUUUAACGGUAACGUCAGUGAUGGAAGUGUCUCUAGUGGUGAGGAAUUUAGCAUCAAUGGCAACAAGGAAAACCACUCCUGAGCGUUUCACUGAUUCACUGAUGUUUAAGACAAUAGCUUUGAGCUACGUAUUUUAAAUGAAUGAAAUCUAGAAAUGAAAAUCAGAACUGAGACCUGUGUUUUCUUUUACAAGUGGCUGUGCACUUUAUUUCUGAAAUGGUUUACAGUAAAAUAAAUAAAGUGAUAGUGUUUUAACAUGA